AACUUUAGCUUUCAUUCGAUCUCUCUGCAUCGUGAAGCUAAAGAGAUCUCUAAUAAUCUGAGAAGCAGCAAUGGAGUUUCUAUUAACAGUUGCGGAGCUCGGCCUCACGCUGCUGGUGAUCGUCUUCUCCGUCGUCGUUUUGGAAGCUUGGAGAAGGAGACACAGUAACGUUUCUGUCGAGAGCGAGACUACUACACUGGAGGAUCCGACAUCCUUAAAACAGGUUCCUUGCCCUCACAUCUCCGACCCUGCGGAGAAGUAUUUGUCUUUAAUUGUUCCGGCGUUUAAUGAAGAGCAGAGGCUACCUGCAGCUCUACAGGAAACAAUGGAUUACCUUCAAGGUCGUGCUUCACGGGAUAAGAGUUUUUCUUAUGAGGUGGUAAUUGUUGAUGAUGGAAGUGUUGAUGGAACAAAAAGAGUAGCUUUUGAUUUCGUUAGAAAGUACACACUUGACAAGAUAAGGGUUAUACCACUGGGGAAGAAUCAAGGGAAAGGAGAAGCUAUAAGAAAAGGAAUGAUGCAUUCUCGCGGUGAGCUACUUCUCAUGUUGGAUGCUGAUGGAGCAACUAGAGUAACUGACCUAGAAAAACUUGAAAAUCAGAUCCUUGCAGUAGCUAGAGAAGAAAAUUCAAUCAGAGAUCCAACAUCAAAGCAUGUUGAUUUUAGGAUAGGUGAUGUGCAAGUAUCUGCAUUUGGUUCACGUGCUCAUCUUGAGGAGAAAGCUAUUGCUACAAGGAAAUGGUACCGCAACUUCUUGAUGAAGGGUUUCCAUCUUGUGGUUCUGUUGGCUGCUGGCUCUGGACUUCGAGAUACACAGUGUGGCUUCAAGAUGUUUACUAGAGCAGCUGCUAGAAGACUUUUCACAAACAUCCAUCUGAAAAGGUGGUGCUUUGAUGUUGAGUUGGUGUUCCUAUGCAAGCGUUUUAACAUUCCAAUGCUUGAGAUCUCUGUGAAGUGGUCUGAGAUUCCAGGGUCUAAAGUGAGUAUGUUGAGCAUUCCCAACAUGCUUUGGGAGCUUGCUUUAAUGUCUGUGGGAUACAGAACUGGCAUGUGGAAGAUCCAUCAAGCAUGAGACAGACACAGACGUAUAAAUAGAGAAUUUUCAUCGGUUUUUUUAGGUUUGAUGUCUCUAAUCAAAAGAAAGGAAAAGUAAGAGGCUAUAGAAAGUUGGUUGGGUCUUUCCUUUCUUUCAGUAGAUGUAAUAACAAUAAACUGGUUAACAAGAUUAUAGAAACAAUGUGAUGAAAACUACUACAGCUGUAGCUUUUUUAGUAAUAACUUUUAAUCAUC